UUGGCUGAGAAGUCAGUUCAUCGGAUCAAAAUUAUCCGGAAGAAAAUUGAGAGAAAUUGACCCUUGGGAAAUUGCUCCGGAGAGGAAGGAAAAGAGAAGAGUAAUGGAUUUCAAUGCCGAGAGCCGCCUGAGGGUGAUCUCCCGCCAUCUCCGAGCCACCGACGGAGACCACGUUACUCGAUCUCAGUUAAGCGCAAGCACCACCGCAGGGGAAUUUGUUCACGAGCAGGGUUAUAGUGUUGUCCUCCCUGAGAAAUUACAAACUGGGAAGUGGAAUGUAUACAGAUCUGCUCUGUCACCAUUGAAGCUGGUCACUGAAUUUCCAGAGCAUCCAGAAAUAAAAACUUUACAUGAUAAUUUUGUGUAUGCAGUUAAUGCUUUCCGUGAUUACAAGUACCUGGGGACAAGAAUACGAGCAGAUGGAACAGUUGGGGAGUACAAAUGGAUGACUUAUGGGGAAGCAGGGACAUCCCGGUCAGCAAUUGGGUCUGGUCUCAUAUACUAUGGGAUUCCGAAAGGUGCAUGUAUUGGACUGUAUUUCAUAAACAGACCUGAGUGGGUCAUUGUGGACCAUGCAUGCUCAGCAUAUUCUUAUAUAUCGGUACCAUUGUAUGAUACUCUUGGACCUGAUGCUGCCAGUUAUAUUGUAAAUCACGCUGAAAUACAGGCAAUUUUUUGUGAGCCACAAACACUGAUUAAUUUAUUAAGCUUUUCAAAAGAGAUUCCUUCAGUACGUCUAAUAGUGGUAGUUGGAGGAUCGGAUGAGAAUAUACCUUCAGUUACUUCAAAUAACCAACCGAUAGUUGUUACUUUCUCUAAACUUCAUGAACAGGGUCACAGUAAUCUCAAGCCAUUUUACCCCCCAAAGUUUGAGGAUGUUGCAACUAUAUGCUAUACAAGUGGGACAACUGGUACACCAAAGGGUGCAGUACUCUCCCAUGGAAAUUUGAUUGCAAAUUCUGCUGGAGGUAGCAUGCGUGUCAAAUUUUAUCCAUCUGACAUAUAUAUAUCCUAUCUUCCGUUGGCACACAUUUACGAGAGAGUCAAUCAAAUUGGAGCGGCACAUUAUGGAGUUGCUGUUGGAUUUUAUCAGGGGGAUAAUCUGAAAUUGAUGGAUGAUAUGGCUGUUCUCCGGCCCACUAUCUUCGCAAGUGUUCCUAGAUUGUAUAACAGAAUUUAUGCUGGUGUUAUGAAUGCUGUGAAGACAUCUGGGGGACUGAAGGAGAGAUUAUUCAAUGUUGCUUACAAUGCGAAGUUGCAAGCCAUAUAUAGUGGGAAAACUCCAUCUCCAAUUUGGGAUAAAUUAGUUUUCAACAAAAUUAAGGGCAAACUUGGAGGGCGGAUUCGAUUUAUGUCCUCAGGGGCCUCACCAUUAUCUCCAGAUGUCAUGGAUUUUCUUAAAGUAUGUUUUGGAGGUCAAAUUGUUGAAGGGUAUGGGAUGACAGAGUCGUCUUGUACUGUAAGUGCCAUGAAUGAUGGUGACACUUUAACUGGUCAUGUCGGCUCACCAAAUACAUCUUGCGAAAUCAAGCUUGUUGAUGUUCCUGAAAUGAACUAUACGUCUGAAGACCAUCCGUAUCCUCGUGGAGAAGUUUGUGUUAGGGGACCUAUAGUCUUUCAGGGCUACUACAAAGAUGAUUUGCAGACAAAAGAGGUUAUUGAUGAAGAUGGAUGGCUUCAUACUGGAGACAUUGGUCUAUGGUUACCUGAAGGACGCCUAAAAAUCAUUGAUAGGAAAAAGAACAUUUUUAAAUUGGCUCAAGGGGAGUACAUAGCUCCCGAGAAAAUUGAAAAUGUAUAUGCAAAAUGCAAAUUUAUUGCCCAGUGCUUUAUCUACGGUGACAGCUUUAGCUCUUCUCUAGUUGCAAUAGUUGCAGUUGAGCCUGAGAUUUUGAUCGCAUGGGCUGCAUCAGAAGGAAUCAAGUAUGAAAACCUUAAACAACUCUGUGCCGAUCCUAGAGCGCGGGCUGCUGUCCUCGCAGAGAUGGAUGACAUAGGAAAGCAAGCUCAGCUGAGAGGUUUUGAAUUUGCAAAAUCUGUCACCUUAGUACCAGAGCCUUUCACCCUGGAGAAUGGUCUUCUAACCCCAACAUUCAAGGUGAAGAGACCACGGGCAAAGGCCUACUUUGCAACAGUAAUUACUGCAAUGUACGCAGAGCUAUCCAAAUUUGAUCCAUCAUUGUAACCGCCAUUAACAGUUUAAAACUGAAGGUCUCUUUCCUCCUCCAUUGUCACGUAUGGGUAUGGCUUCAAUGCAUAGAGCAACGUAUUUAUUUAUUUUGUAUAAUUUGAAAGCAUUGUUGGUUUCUUAAGCAUAGAUUGGUUCCAGGUCUAUAAUAUAUUUGAAUUGUGAUAAAUCUGUAAAUGGAAGAUUUACAUACAUACCGCCUUAGCUAUUGAUGAAAAAGAUGCAAUUUCAGUUUUUA